GACAAUUAUUGCCAUCCUCCAACAAUUAAAAAAAAAACACGAAGGAUCGAGUUGUUUCUGUAAUGCUUUUUUCUCUGCGAAAUAAAAGUUAUUUUUAUCGGGAUCUAAUAUAUUUAAUUAAUCAUUGGAUAAUCGCGUUCGCGAGUUUCGACGGAUAGUGUACCCCCGACGUGCCCACACGAUGUUUGACCGCGGGAGCGUUACGGGCCACAGUUCAUUGCCUUAUGUAAAACUUGAAAUGGUGUUUCUUCCGUGAGUGACCGAAAUUAUACGGUGGUUUAUGUGUACAUUGUGUGAGAGUGAAUUUAAAGUGUUACAAUGUCGAUUUCGACGGCACAAGUGUUGAUGAAGAAGGGGAAGAGAGGUGCAGCCGCCUACAUCAGCGCGGAUUGCGCGAGCGGGUCCCCUCAGCACCUCGGGCCGCUGCUGGACGUGCUGCUGAACCCCAGCAAGGCCAUCGACGAGUGGGAGACGAUCGACUGGUGCCGCUGGCUGCUGGCGGGCGGCCGCACGCCCGACGAGUUCGCGGCUGUCGUUCGCAGCUACGACAAGCACGACAAAUGCGGGCUCGUGUGGAUCCCGCGCGUGGUCGCGUACCGCUGCCGCACGUGCGGCAUCUCGCCCUGCAUGUCCAUCUGCCGCGAGUGCUUCCACCGCGGCGACCACUCCACGCACGACUUCAACAUGUUCCUGUCGCAGGCCGGCGGCGCGUGCGACUGCGGCGACAACUCCGUCAUGAAGGAGGACGGAUUCUGCAGCAACCACGGCAACAAGUGCCCGCGACCGGGAACCGCGCCCGCCGAGCUCAUGUGCGUGGCGGAAGCCAUGAUGCCGCGACUCAUACUCAGGCUACUCCAGCACUUUAGAGAGAACAGCGACCAACCCUCGGGCCAAGCACAGCCUACAUCGAACAGCUACCGCAUAGCAGUCCAAGAGUGCGAGGGCUACGUGCAGAUGCUGAUGGAGUUUAACAACAUGGGCGACCUGAUGCGCUCCGCCAUGACCAAGGCGCUCAUCAACCCUCAGAUGUAUAGAAACUUGGUGGAGCCGCCGUUCCCGGAGACCGAGUACGGCCGCUACAUGGCCGAGUCGAACCGCACCUACGAGAAGGCGCUCGACUCUUUCCCGGCGCCAGAGUAUUUUCCAGACGAAUACCGGCACCUCCCCGCGCUCGCACCGCGGCUCUCCCACAACACGUUACUGGACGAGUUCAUCUUCUGGACGUUUAAGUACGAGUUCCCGCAGAACGUGGUCUGCUUCUUGCUCAACAUGCUGCCCGACCAGGACUACAAGGAGCACCUGACCCGCACGUUCGUGAUGCACUACGCGCGCAUCCCGCUCGUGCUGGAGGCGGCCGGCGACCCCGACAUGCUCUCCAACCGCGUCGUGCACAUGUCCGUCCAGCUCUUCUCCAACGAGGCCCUCGCCCUGCGCUGCGUCCAGCAACUACAUCUCCUACACGUCAUGGUUUUAUCUUUGAAGCUAAUGAUGGGAAAGAUUCUCGUACAGAAUACUCUCCACGAUCCGGAGAAGAACACGCAUAAAGUGAUAGACUGUACGCGAAGAGUGAUGAAGGAGCACUGCUACUGGCCGCUCGUGUCGGACUUCAACAACGUGCUGUCGCACAAGAGCGUGGCGCUGGUGUUCCUGCAGAACGACGCCCUCGUCGAGAUGUGGUUCCAGUUCCUGUCCAUGUUGCAAGGAAUGAACGUAAACGUCCGCGAAACAGACGGGCACAUCGAGUUCGAGCCGUCCUCCUACUACGCCGCGUUCUCCUGCGAGCUAGAAGCGGCCGCGUACCCCAUGUGGUCCGUGCUGUCUCACCUCACCAGUCCGGAACACGCUCCCCUGGCUAAGAGGAUCGUCGCCGCGGCGGCCAACUGUCUGCAAGAGUGGCUCGACGAGAUGCAGUGCACCACUCCGCGAGCGCUCCAGGCCGGCACGAUGCACGCGUCGUUCCACUUCCCGCUGCACCGCUACCUAGCCGCGUUCCUGUGCAGCUGCGUGCGCACACUCGGCGUGGCGGCGGCGGACGUGCUGCCGCCGCCGCGCGUGCUGGCCCUGCUCGCCCACCACCCGCUGCGGGUCCAGAGCUUGUUCUACGAGAUCCUGGCCGGCAUCUGGGUGCGCAACGGGCUGCAGAUCAAGGGGCAGGCCAUGACGUACAUCCAGGCCAACUUCUGCAACUCCAUGGUGGACAUGGACAUCUACUGGCUGCAGAUCUGCGCCGCGCACCUCCCCGCCGACCAGUUCCUCGACAUGUGUAUCGACAUGUUUGGCGUCCGCGAGUGGCUGAGCAUGGUGCCAAUGCCGCCCGUCCAGGCGGCUGAGCAGGACGCCAUGGUGGAGGGCCUGCUGACGUUCCUCGCCAUCCUGGUCUCUUCGCGGACCAACCUAGGCAACGACGAGCUGACGCAGUCCCGACUGGAGGUGAGCACCCUGCUGGCCGCCGGCGACAAGACACACUCGCAGCUGCUCGAGCUGAUGCCGGAGCGGUCUGGCAACGCGCACACAAGGAACUUCGAAGUUGUCCUCAAAGAGCUAUCGACAUACCGGCCGCCACCUCGCGGCUCCGAGAACCUCGAGCAAGGUCUCUUCGUGCCCACCCCCCUCGUGUGGCAGAAGUACUACGACCCGCUGCACGUGCUGCGCCGCGCGGUCCACAGGAGGGACUUCCACGCCUCCAUGGAGAGGUUCACCGCCUAUGUACGCGAGAAGCAAAAAGCAUCUGGCCAGCCGGGCGCCAGCAAGCCUGGCGAGGGGGCAGCGUUGUGGCCGCCGCUACGACCCGCCGCCGCGCCGCCUCCCGAGGCCGGCGACCCCAGGGUCAUCUGCGCCUCAGGGGUGCUGCACGGCGCGCUGCUGGCCGUGCUGCACCGCGGCGUGCACCGGCGCGCGCCGGACGCGAGCGCGCCGCACGCGCCGCCCGACCACGUGCUGGCGCUGGCCGUGUACCUGCUCGACGUGGCCGCGCAGCUCGCCGCCGAGCGCGCCACCGACCACGACCUGGACGUGAUGGUGGCGGGCGGCGAGGGCGGGUCGCGCGGCGCGGUGGUGUCGGGGCGGCCGCUGCUGGCCGCGCUGGCGGGCUCCCUCCCCGACAACGCGCGCACCGUGGUCGCCCGCCUGCCGCCGCCGCGCCCAACCCGGCCCCAGCCCGGCCCCGUCUACCCGCACCACUGCCACUCCGACAGUGACACGGAGUGGGAGCCGACAGAAACGGAAUCAGCACGAAUAUCACCGAUGAAGUCUGCGCUGCUUUCGGCAAUGAGCACCGCGUUGGCUGUGCCACCGAAUUUAGAUAUGGUGCCAAACUCAGCGGAGCCAGUGGACACCGACGACCAGUCGGACGGCGGCGGCGACGCCACGCAGAUCAGAGCCUUAGAGAGUGGCAGCAUCAGCUCGGCCGCGGAGGGCAGUCGGGCCCUCGCGCUGCCGAUGCCGCUGCCGGGCGCCGACGCCGACAUGGACGACAUGUCGCUGGCGCUCAACGACCGGGAACCCUCACCACCUGCCUCGAUACCCAUCGAAUACGACGUGUCGACCCCCGAAUGGAGCGUGAGCCUGCGAGAAGAUUCCCCGCCGCUGUCCCACGCGCUGCCCUGCACCGACCCGCAGCCCUCCACCAACACACAGGUGCAAGUACACUUGGGCGCGGAUGAGUCGAUCCCGGUGAACGAGUCCAUCAUCUCGCUGCUGCUGAAGCUGCACUCGCAGCUGUCGGGGCGGCUCGACUCCUUCUCGCUGGAGGAGCCGGAGCCGCCCGUCGACGAGCCCAUCGGUGACGGGCCGCACUUCAUCGGCCAAGUAUUGCGAAAGUUAGCGCGACUAGAUGCGCGCUGCGCGGGCGCCAUCGCUCACGUGCGCCACUCGCUGUGGCCGCACCAGCGCGAGCGGCAGGCUGAGCAACGGGCCAGGGAACGACGCGAAAAAGAAGAACGUUCCCGGCGCGCGCGCGAACGACAACAGCAGAUGAUGAAGGAGUUCCAACGUCGCCAGCAGCAGUUCCUCAGCGCCAUGCAGCGGAUGGAGCCCGAGCCCAUGGACCUGGACGCCGACUCCGACUACGACUGCGUCAUCUGCAACACCAGCUCCGUCUCCACCCCGCAGCACCCCAUCGGCAGGGUGGUGCUGCUGCAGUCCACCUCCGUGCUGGGCCACCGCCGCCGCCAGGACAGUGGCGGCGCACGUCUAGCAUUAUCGGAGCGCGAGCGAGCAAGACUGGCGGAACAACGAGACACGACGGCGGCGGCACACCACUACCGACUGCACGACGAACUGCAGCAACACUUCGACCAGGAAGCGUGGCUGCUGUCGGUGUCGGUGGGGCUGGAGGGCGGCGUGCACGUGGCGUCGUGCGGGCACCACCUGCACGUGCGCUGCCUCGCCGCCUACCUGCGCUCGCUGGCGGCGCCCGCGCGCCCGCACAACCUGCACGUGGCCGGCGGCGAGUUCCUCUGCCCCGUCUGCCGCCAGCUCGCCAACAGGGCGGCGUGCACGUGGCGUCGUGCGGGCACCACCUGCACGUGCGCUGCCUCGCCGCCUACCUGCGCUCGCUGGCGGCGCCCGCGCGCCCGCACAACCUGCACGUGGCCGGCGGCGAGUUCCUCUGCCCCGUCUGCCGCCAGCUCGCCAACAGGUAUUACAGCUUUAACGGUGUCGGUGGGGCUGGAGGGCGGCGUGCACGUGGCGUCGUGCGGGCACCACCUGCACGUGCGCUGCCUCGCCGCCUACCUGCGCUCGCUGGCGGCGCCCGCGCGCCCGCACAACCUGCACGUGGCCGGCGGCGAGUUCCUCUGCCCCGUCUGCCGCCAGCUCGCCAACAGGGCGGCGUGCACGUGGCGUCGUGCGGGCACCACCUGCACGUGCGCUGCCUCGCCGCCUACCUGCGCUCGCUGGCGGCGCCCGCGCGCCCGCACAACCUGCACGUGGCCGGCGGCGAGUUCCUCUGCCCCGUCUGCCGCCAGCUCGCCAACAGGUAUUACAGCUUUAACGGUGUCGGUGGGGCUGGAGGGCGGCGUGCACGUGGCGUCGUGCGGGCACCACCUGCACGUGCGCUGCCUCGCCGCCUACCUGCGCUCGCUGGCGGCGCCCGCGCGCCCGCACAACCUGCACGUGGCCGGCGGCGAGUUCCUCUGCCCCGUCUGCCGCCAGCUCGCCAACAGGGCGGCGUGCACGUGGCGUCGUGCGGGCACCACCUGCACGUGCGCUGCCUCGCCGCCUACCUGCGCUCGCUGGCGGCGCCCGCGCGCCCGCACAACCUGCACGUGGCCGGCGGCGAGUUCCUCUGCCCCGUCUGCCGCCAGCUCGCCAACAGGUAUUACAGCUUUAACGGUGUCGGUGGGGCUGGAGGGCGGCGUGCACGUGGCGUCGUGCGGGCACCACCUGCACGUGCGCUGCCUCGCCGCCUACCUGCGCUCGCUGGCGGCGCCCGCGCGCCCGCACAACCUGCACGUGGCCGGCGGCGAGUUCCUCUGCCCCGUCUGCCGCCAGCUCGCCAACAGGGCGGCGUGCACGUGGCGUCGUGCGGGCACCACCUGCACGUGCGCUGCCUCGCCGCCUACCUGCGCUCGCUGGCGGCGCCCGCGCGCCCGCACAACCUGCACGUGGCCGGCGGCGAGUUCCUCUGCCCCGUCUGCCGCCAGCUCGCCAACAGGUAUUACAGCUUUAACGGUGUCGGUGGGGCUGGAGGGCGGCGUGCACGUGGCGUCGUGCGGGCACCACCUGCACGUGCGCUGCCUCGCCGCCUACCUGCGCUCGCUGGCGGCGCCCGCGCGCCCGCACAACCUGCACGUGGCCGGCGGCGAGUUCCUCUGCCCCGUCUGCCGCCAGCUCGCCAACAGCGUGCUGCCGCUGCCGCCGCGCGCUGCCAUCCCGCCGGCGCCGGCCGCGCCGCCGCACGAGGCCGUGCGCGAGAUGCUGCUGCGCACGCACCCACAACCCGCUCCUAGCGCGCUGACGGACGCGAUGAACAAGGCGAUGGAGGACAUGACGGCCACCGCCAGCACGAAGCUGCGGCAACGGUACGGCUCCUCGCCGGCUGCCAUCUUUACCUUCGUCACUUCACUGGUGCGCACGAAUUUAGAAUGCGAGUUGGUCCAGCGCGGGGGCUCCCUGGUGACACCGGAGCCCGAGCCGGCUUCUUCUUCCACGGCGGAACCGAGGCCGCGGUACAAGCCCCGGAACGACUGCAUAGUCCCGCUGAUGGUGGUGGCGGGCGCGCACGCGCGCAUGCUCCGCUCGGGCGGCGGGGCGGGCGCGGCGGCCGCGUGGCAGGAGCUGUGGCCCGCCCCCCCCGCGCCCGCCCCCCCCGCGCCCGCCGGCCCCGCCGCGCCGCCCGUGCCCGCGCCCGCGCCGCCGCAGCGCCCCGUGCCGCUGCUGCUGCGCGACCCGCUGGCGCUGCUCAUGCACUUCCUGCUGCUGGCGCCGAGGGACCCGCCCUACAUGCCUCCGCAGCACUUCACGUGCAUAGUGCGGGCGCUGUACGCGCUGAGCUACUACCAGAUCGUGUGCCAGUUCCUGGCGUGCGCGUCGGCGGCGGGGCGCGUGGCGCUGGGCGGCGCGGCGGCGGGCGGGCUGGCGGCGGCGGCGCGGCUGCUGCUGCAGGCGCUGGCCGGCUCCGAGCUCUUCACCGAGGACGAGCCCGGCGCCAGCGAGGACGUCGACGUCGCGCACAUGGAGCGACAGCUCCAGGAGCUGCUGCUGCCGUUCCUGCGCGUGUCGGCGCUGCUGCGGCACCACCUGUACGGCGGCGCGCUGCCCGCCGUGCCUUCGGCCGAGGCGGAGUUCCCGGCGCUGCUGCACUACCUGGAGCUGUGCACGGCGGCCGCGGAGGACGUCGCCGCCGCCGCGCUGCCCCAGCACGCGCCCGUGCUGGCGCGGGCGGCCGCCAGGAGGCUUAGCCAAGCGGCCCGCGGCGGUCGUCUCGCCGUGCGUCGCAUCCUCCGCUCCUUGCACGUGUCGUGGCUGCCGCCGGCGCUGCUCGCCCUGCCGCGCGACUACGACCGCCUCUUCUCCUACUACCACGAGCGCGUCUGCCUCCAGUGCGGAGCCGUGCCCAAGGAGGCCUCCGUCUGCCUGCUGUGCGGGACCCUGGUGUGCCUCAAGCAGCCCUGCUGCCGCCAGCACCAGGUGGCCGAGGCCGUGCAGCACGCCAUGGAGUGCGGAGGCGGCACGGGCAUCUUCCUCGUGGUGACCUCCACGUACAUCAUCGUGAUCCGCGGCCGCCGCGCCUGCCUCUGGGGCUCCCUGUACUUGGACGACUACGACGAGGAGGACCGCGAUCUCAAACGCGGCAAGCCGCUCUACCUGUCCAACGACCGCGCGGAGCUACUGCAGGCGCAGUGGCUGGCGCACCGCUUCGACCACACCAAGCGCACCUGGGUGUGGCACCGCGACUCGCUGUGAGAGCCCCUCUGAAGCUGCCCGGCUUCGCGACGACCCGAUCUCUCCCGCGCCACUUGUUAGCGACCAAACGAACCUGCAGGAAGCCGUACAUGCAAGGAAUUUGAUUUCAUUAUCACUUCGUAUUUAGAUAUUAUAUUAUUGUCACUAUGACAAGCUUUGAUCCUAGCGGAUUUUAUGUUGAUUGCCAUUGUGACAAUGUACGAAGUGCCACAGAAAUUAACUGUACUUCCUGCAAACUACGCCAAUACUAACUAAACUGAUCUAAAUAUCGGUCAUAUUUAACAUAAAAUAUACAAAUAGAUGGCCCAACAUUACAAGGUUCUAUGUUUCACUUUUAUCCAACUGAAUUUUGAACAUUGUCAUAGUGACAUUAAGUUGAAUUUCAACUAUCUUGGAAAUGUAACAUAGAACCCUGUAAUAUAGGGCCAGUGAAAUGGCAUAUUCUAUCAUUGUUAGAACCACGCCGCUCGCUAUACAUUGAGUAUUGCUUCAACGACAUCUUUGUUAGAUUAAUGUUUAUUUCUAGAUGAAGCUAGGGUGUAUAUAUUAGAUAGCCUACUGUCAACGGCUGAUGGAGUUGAUUUGUGAUUUUUAUAUUAUAUUUUACCCGAUUUCGACGAACGACAUAAAUUAUGUCAGAUUAGAUCUGUUUUUUCUCUGGCCGCUAAAAUCGGCGGCCUUUCUAUACUCGAUAAAACCGAGCAAAUGAAACUGAGACUCUAUAGCGCUCUAUAAAAGUUUUUGUUGUUUGCCCUUUUGUUGUCUCACCCGGGCAUCAUCUUUAUCUAUAGGACUGUUAUGUCACUUACUUUUUAAUCCUCUUGAUCAAAAGUUGCCGUUCCUUCUUAUAAUUAUAUCAAUUUCGUUUUAUCCCGGCCACGACGGAGUACCGCAAGGAGGUGUGUUAGGUCCGGCGACGUAUCUUGCGAACAAAAUGGCGACAUGACAGCAAUUGUUUGUUGUAUAUCCGCCGUCAAUUCGCUGGCUGUGAAUGUAAUUACUGUUGACUCGGUUUCCGACAACUUAGAUGUAACAUGUUAAAUUAUUGUUCUUUAUUCUUACUGGGUUUCAUAUGUCCCACACCUUCGUGUCAUUUUGCUGUGGUAUGACCACAUCGCAUUGUUUUGUGCAAUUCUUGAUUAAAAAUGCUUGGUUAAAUAUCUCAAAAUUGUUACAUAAAUAACUUAACCCGCUGGAGUAGACAAGGUUUCUUAUAAUAUUAUAGACCAUUCAUACCAUUAUUUACUUAUUUAUAUUCAACGCCAGUUUUACAAAAGUACCGAGUUUAUUAUUAUGAUCGCUUCUAACCUAAUCAUGUUGGUGUUAAUUAAGUUUGUAUAAUAGUUUUACAUACAGAGUUAAUGCAAAUAGUGUAACCAUUGCCUCUGGAACUAGUUAAUGUUUUGUGCUUGCAAGGAUCGGUUGGUGAUGUGUAACAUCUUUAAUUAGACAAUUUUGAAUUUGACGUCAAUAUAGGCAUUUAAAAGCCGUUUAUGCUGUCUAUUUCGACACUAGUACCUGCGAUCGAUCAAGUGCCACGUAUAAAAUAAUAAUCGCUGGAGGCGCAGCGUAAUUGUGUUACUUAUCUUAAUAUUUGUUACUGUAUUUUUUAUUCAAUAGUGUUUAGGAUCUGAUAUAUCUCGUGCAAUCCGGAUUUUGGCAUUAUUAUAUAUUUAUAGGUUACGGACCGUUCGGAGUCAAAACGUUAUGUUGUUACUGAAGCGUGUUUAUGCGAUAAAUAAUUUAGAAAUUUUAAUUAAUGUUUCAAUUAUGUAGAAAUUUAAUGUAUUUUUGUAAUCAACGAAUUGCUGAUCCUACGAACUUUGAAUAGAUUUUAGUAAAAGCUAGCAUGCAUAUAAAAUAGGACGUAGACAGUCAAAGACUGCGUUAAUGUAAACAGUAUGGAAUAUCUUCAAAAUUAUUUUCAAUUACGUUUAGUUGAUGUUUUAUUUUUGACUGCCUAUGUCCUUCAGUUUCGGUAUGAAAAAAGUCUCCUUAAUAUACGCCUACUUGAGGUUACUUAGCCAUAGGCAUUGUUAGAACACUUGCUAAGUUGAACCCUACGUCUAUAGCGACAAAGUCCGUUUCUCACCAGAGUGCUAGCACCAGCGACUAAAUCAAUGAUUGUUAACUCUUGUAUGUAUAUUGUUCAUGUAUAUAUUCAAUAAUUAAAGUUGUUGAUAUUUCA